UCGCCGUGAGCGUAUAGCAGGUGCGCGCCUUUCGUCAUAGACGACGCCCUGUUCUUACUGACGCGCCACGUCCAGUCACUCUGUCUGCAGGCAAUCGUGCCGCAAAGGGUAAAUUUUUAAAGCCCCAAAUGAGUCAACUUUAGAAUUAUGGAAGAGAGGACACCCGAAAGACGUCGAUCGUCUGUGGUACCAGGUCAGCUUCGAGACGCCUUGACGAGGAAGGCACACGAUCUUUUCUCGCUGUGUGACAAGGAAAACAAGGGUUUUGUGAGCAAGAAAGACAUGCAACGCCUUCACGGCGAACUGCCCUUGGAACCGGACCAGUUGGAGGUAGUGUUUGACUCGCUGGACACGGACAACAAUGGUUUUCUCACACUUGAGGAGUUCACUGCUGGAUUCGGAAAAUUCUUGGGUUACGACAAGGAACCACGACGCAUGAGCUGCUUCUUUGCACCUCAAGGAGAAUGCUCGCAGUCAGCAGAGUCAUCAUCAAAGGAUGUAGAAGAUCAAGAAGAUGAUGAGCAGUUUGAAGACUUCCUUGACAGCCUCGGUGCUCCGGCUCCUCUGAAAGAGGAGGAAUACGUGAAAAAUACUUGGGUACGGCUAAGGCAAGAAGAUCCGACGAUGCUCGCUCACUUUGAGACAUUUUUGACUAAAGUUACGAACAGUAUGAAGAAGAAUGAAACCGAAUGCAGCACAUUAGGACAGGCAAUCCUUCAGAGAAAAAUGGAGCAAGAUAAACAUGUUGAACGCCUGUAUGAAGAGAUGGAGAACCAAAUGAAAAUUGACAAGGAACAGCUGCUGGCAGAAGAACGGCAAAAAGAGCAAAAGCUUCGAGAGGUACUUGAAGAAAAGGAGCACCUCUUGCAGGAAGUUAUGACCAAGCACUCAGAGCUCCAACGUCAACUCAAGAACCUCAACAGCAACGAAGCAGGGACCAAGGAAGAAAAUGCUCGACUCCUCAAGGAACUAAAGAAACUCGACCGACGUCUGCACGACUCCGAAUGUGCUGUUCAAGAUACACAGCGCCGCUUGGAGAGUCUCCAGCACCAAUCUACAGACGAGAAGCGACGGAGGGCAAGGACUGCUCUUCAGGUGACUGAAAAUAUCGCUAUGGAACGGGAAGACUUGGUAAAGCAGCUCGAGAAGCUCAGGACAAUGAAUAAAGAGUUAUUGGAUCACAAAGAUGAAAUUAACCUCCAUGCAAACGCCAACUUGCACGCAGCCGCUGGUGAAGCAUCCUCCAUACAAACGACCGUCGUUCGUCGCCAACAUGAUCCGUGCAAGGAACCACAGGACGACCCUCGACGCGGGAGCCGGCUAUCGGAUUAUAUCAAAACACCCGCCCCUACACUGGAAGUUUAUGAAAAUCUACAAGAAGACUGUGAGGUGGAUGAGAGUUACUUUGAGAGGGGAACAACUCCACCGGUCUUCCUUGGAAUCGAGGCAGCUUUAUCUCAGUUUCAACCCAAUGGCUCUCGUGCUACAAGAAAUGACACUGGAAAGAGUAAAGUGAGACCGCGAAGUAGGUCCUGUGAAUUCCGUGCAACGUCUACGUCGUGUAAAGGUUUCGUAUCUGACGAAGAUUGUAGCGAAUCAGGGCGUGGAGAUUCAUUGACGUCACUGCCAACGGACAGUCAUAUCGGUACACAGCGGGUGACGUCACCAACCGAUUGUGGAGAGGUGGAAGGACGCAUAACCAGCCAGACAAAAACUAUUGUGCAUCCAGAGAGGGUGUUCAAGGUGAUCAUGGUUGGUGACUCGGCAGUGGGAAAGACAUGCUUCGUUAACCGUUUCUGCAAAGACACAUUUUUUAACGUGUUCAGGGCCACAAUAGGAGUUGACUUCCAAGUGAAAUCAGUAUCGGUGGAUGGUCGCCCCGUCGCGUUACAAAUGUGGGACACAGCUGGGCAGGAGAGGUUUCGUAGUAUAACCAAGCAGUACUACAGGAAGGCGGAUGGGGUAAUCAUCAUGUAUGACGUCUGUUCCGAGCAUUCCUUCUGCAGUGUACGCUCCUGGGCCUCCGUAUUGGACUCUGAAGGAAUGAACAGUAAUGUGGCCGUCAUGCUUUUGGGUAACAAAGUCGAUCUCAUCAGCAGUUCGUGUCAACGAGAAGUCAAUUACAGCGAAGGGGAAAGACUGGCACAUGAAAUGGGCGCACAAUUCUACGAAACGAGCGCAAAGUCCGGUCAGAAUGUCGUCACCGCAAUGGAACACAUGGCGAGCAUACUGAAGGUCCGUGAAGACGAGGAAAUGGAUAAGGCUCUCCGCAUUGGUGAAAACGCCCUGGAAGUGGAUUCCACGAGAAAGCGUUGCUGCUAGACGCCACCUUUCUCCACAACAUUGUGUUCAACGUGCUGAGGGCUUGGUUCCGUGACAUUUCAUCGAACGCCGUUUCAUGAAAGCGCGUUUUUUAUUUUGUAGGAAGUAUCGCGGUCGUUACAGACGACUCUCUAAAAAACGUACUCGUCAGGAGUCUUAGUUAUGCCGUUGUCUGCUUAAAUCUAAAUGAUAUCACGCCCAUAAGUGCAAAGGUAAUGCAGAGAUGGACGUUUCGAUACAACGGACGUUUUAGGGAAAAAGACGUUCCCUGACUCAAAUGGGUCACUGUCGAAGCGUCGUCGUCAGUCACUCGUGUUUCUAUCCAAACAUAAAAGGAAACAACGCAAGUGUACGUAAUAUGUGUGCUACGAGGCCAGCAUGCCGCUUUUAUUAAUGCUCCCAAAAUAAUUGUUGCCAAACAUGAAUCUUAUCUGAUUGCUUUCCACUCUCAUCUCAUCGCCAGGCAACGGUCGUAACACAUUGCUCCAUAGCGAAAUUUCCUUUCCAUCCAAACAUCCCAAGUAAUUGAAAGUAAUCAACAUUCUUGAAAAGCUUAUUCCGUUGAAAAGCAAAACCGGCGUUCCUACGAGUGAAACUUCCGGCCUUAGUGCUCGUCGUUGUCAUCGAGAUCGCCGGAUGUCGGGGCUUGCAUCAUUCUCAAGGGGUGUCACCUCCAGAUUGUAUUCUUAGUGAGGACAACGAAAACGGAUUUGCAUGACUUGUACAAGUCGCAUGCUGACGGGUUCGGUGAAGCGGGGUUCCAUGAAAUGGCGUUCGAUGAAACUGAGUUGGAUGAAACGGCGACGAUGCAAUUUGCGGACACCAAUCCAUUCACCACUAGAGAUUAACAUGGGGCGGGCUCGGGUUACCCACAGCUUUCGACACCGGGACGGGCUGUACCUGACGACCUUUAUUACGCUUCCACCCAAGAUGACAAAGAGCUUCGUCUGCUAAGCGAAGACGAACUGUGCCUGUCUAGACUUUACCCAGUACGGCUGAUGACGAUGAUAUUCCGAAACCCGGAGGAAAACCAGUUCGCAGUGUGUCUUGUGAAAGGAGCGCAGCUGUACUUGAAGUACUACGACGGUAUCCUUUUCCUCCACAAUAUUUUUUAGUAGAGAGUGCAAUGUAUCGGUAUAUCUAUAUGCCAGAAAUGUGUAGCGAAAUAAACUCGUGGGGUUUGUGACA